AUGCUCUACGCUUGUGUUGAGAAGCAGGGAAAAUAUCGUGAUGGCUGGGUCGAGCGCCGCAUUGCCUUUGACACAGAGGCAUGCCACAUGUACUGCAGCGCCAAAGAAAGCGGCCACCACCAUAUGUGGAAGCACAAGGUGAAGGUGGUGCGCAUCAUUGCAAAGGCCAUUGUGACUAAGAUCGACUACACCGCAUCGAACUUUGACCCGCGUGACCUCUUCGCGUUCAAGGUGGAGGGCAGCUACCGGUCCCUCCGCAGCGGCCCACUACCGGAGCUGGAGCGUGCGGAGUCCAGCCACCCCGUUCUGUGCCCCCGUCCCCCCGAAGAUCCUGAGCCCCUGCAUCCAGUGGAAGACGAGGGCACCGGUGGUAUGCUUGCGUGGUACUUUCGCAUGAGCAACGAGACAGACUUCAUGACGAUUUACACCACCAUCCGUGACGUGCUGAUCCGCGAGGGGAUGCGGCCACCGCAGUUCUGGGGACUGCCGAAGAUGGACCCGCGCAUUCAGGUGCCGCUCGCGGAGCCGCCGCUCUACCUGUGGCUCACCUUCCGUGCCAUAAAGCAGUCCGUGAUGUACGCCUGUGUGCAUGGCCACAUGGCGGUAAAACACGACAAAUCAUCACCAGCUGGCUCACUGAAGCUCUCGAAGGAUCGCGUGUACCUUGUACUCUUCGACAAUUCGGUGAUGGUGUUUCGAGAGAACGGUCAGGCAUUGACCGGCAUUCCCACCACCGCAAUCAAGACAUUCCACUACGCCACAACAGAUGUUGACGAAUCAGUGAAGUAUCCACGUAAUUCAAAGUGCCGGUGCUUCAUGGCGUUUCUUUCGACUACAGAGGCGUACCAAGACAUCCUGUUUGUGCCGACAUUGGAGCGAUUCGCCGACGCGAACGAGACCAACGUCCCCGCCGCGCAGGUGAACUGUGUGUUGUUCGCCCUGAAGCAAAUGGCUCCGCUGACGUGUCUUUUUCACCAGAAGGCUGGAAAUACCGAUGCCCCACCCAUUGAAAUUGCGGAGGCGAGUGUGUUGACAGCUGGGCAGGAGGGUGACGUGGAAAAGUAUCAAAACGGACUGGUGGACGUGUACGCGAGGGAGCUGGUGCAGAAGCAGGAACUUCAUCUGCCUGAAGAAGUAGAUGCGUCCCACGACAAGUGCAAGAGCGACCAGAUCAUUAACAAUCUUCCAGCGCCACUUCACCUCUCAACACUUGCGUCGAAGCUUGGCAUCAAGAUGAAGAAGUCGUUGACAGACUACCCGGACCGUUACGAGUAUUUCGAAGCAGAGGCGACUGUGGCGGACCCGACCUGUCCGCAAAAAGUGAAGAACCCGCUUCUGGAUCUCUUUCUUUACAGCGGUGUCUCCUGA